UUUUUUUGUUUUUUUUUUAAGUUAACGUGCUCUGCUCCUAUCGGAAGUUGCUUACUGUUGCACAGUCCCUACGAGCAGCUAAGAUGGACGCCUGUGUCUCCGUGUCCUUCUUUCAAGACGAGCUCGCCUCUACCGUCCAGCAUGCGGUCAAAGCGGCUGUGGACACACUCUUGCGUGAAAUUACAAAAGUUGUCGGCAGCAAAUUCACUGAAUUGCGAGUGGAAAUGGCUGGAAAGGAGAAAGAGAAUGAAAUUCUGAGGCUGAGAUUGGAAAUAUCAGAGAGCGAGCUGAACGCUGUGCGAGAUAACGCUGCAGAUGCAGACAUUAAACCACCGCUGAUAUUUCAAGAGAGCCACGCUAUCCCUGAACCUGAAGCACAGGAGGGGCCAAAGAUGGAAGCAGUUUACACACAAGAGGAGUCCUUUGAGCAGGAGAGCCGUGGAAGUCUAAUGCAGGUUACAGAGCUGGUGUUUGAUAAAGAUGAAGACGUCCCUCAACAGGAAUGUGAUCCUGUUAAAGAGGAAUUCAUAGAGCAGCAAUGUGUCCCCAUCGCAGACACAGAAAAUAAUGUCUGUACCCUUGAGGAGAACAAGCUGGGAUCCAACCUGUGUGAUGAUCCUCCAUCUGAAUGUGAAGUGGGAUUGAAACGUCAUCGUGCAAAACAAGCUGCAUUGAGCCGCCGAGUAAUCCUGCAGAAACUGGAGAGCCACACUAUCCCUGAACCUGAAGCACAAGAGGGGCCAAAGAUAGAAGCAGUUUACACACAAGAGGAGUCCUUUGAGCAGGAGAGCCGUGGAAGUCUAAUGCAGGUUACAGAGCUGGUGUUUGAUAAAGAUGAAGACGUCCCUCAACAGGAAUGUGAUCCUGUUAAAGAGGAAUUCAUUGAGCAGCAAUGUGUCCCCAUCGCAGACACAGAAAAUAAUGUCUGUACCCUUGAGGAGAACAAGCUGGGAUCCAACCUGUGUGAUGAUCCUCCAUCUGAAUGUGAAGUGGGAUUGAAACGUCAUCGUGCAAAACAAGCUGCAUUGAGCCGCCGAGUAAUCCUGCAGAAACUGGAUGAAGGAGAAUAUGACUCCACUCCAUCACCCCACUGCAAAAACUCUUCUAGUGGCAAACCACAGUGCAAGAAACGCAGAGAGACGACACCCCAAGAAGAAAAUGUGAAGACGUUGAGAACUCUCUCCGUUAAACUUCCUUUACAAGACAGACACCGACAUGCUGUGGAGAGCACAGAGACGGGACAUUCUGUGUGUUUUAACAAUAGUGAAACCCAGGGCACCUUGAAGACCUUGCCUCAUUCUAUUACAGGUCAACUAGGCUCUCCUACAAAUCCCACACGAGGGACUGCAUUAACUUGUGCCGAUUGUGGGAAGAGUUUCAAACGUUUAUCACGGCUUAAAAUACACCAGCGCGUUCACACAGGAGAGAAACCUCAUCACUGUGCUGACUGUGGAAAGAGAUUCAGUCAUUUAGGAAAUCUUAAAACCCACCAGCGCAUUCACACUGGAGAGAAACCUUAUCACUGUGCUGAAUGUGGAAAGAGAUUCAGUGAUUUAGUAAAUUUUAAAAGACACCAGCGUGUUCACACAGGAGAGAAACCGUAUCACUGUGCUGACUGUGGAAAGAGAUUCAGUCAUUUAGUAAAUCUUAAAACCCACAAGCUCCUUCACACUGGAGAGAAACCUCAUCACUGCACGCAGUGUGGGAAGAGUUUCACGCAGCUAGGAGGUCUUCGAGAUCACCAGCACGUUCACACGGGAGAGAAACCUCAUCGCUGCACUGUUUGUGGGAAAUGUUUCGCACAGUUAAGAAGGCUUAAAACCCACCAGCGCAUUCACACAGGAGAGAAACCUUAUCACUGUACUGAGUGUGGGAAGAGUUCCACACAGCUAGGAAGCCUUUGAUAUCACCAGCGCGUUCACAGGGAUCAAUUUUCUUUCAAGGUUUUGUAAAAAUGUUAAUACCACACAAACUACUAAGAUGAGCACCAUCUCAAACUCAUGGUAAAGUGUGUGUCUGCUGGUUUUCAUUCCAUCUGAGUUAUCAGUUACUUACUUAAGCCCUUAAUGGAACUAAUGAUAUGCUUUAAUUAGGAAAGAGGAAGUUUGGGGCAAAAGGAGGCGGGACAAGCAUUUUUUCUAUUGUCAAGGAUUUUUUUUUCUUUGGUAUUGAAAUCGCUUGUUUCUUCUGUAUAAUUUGUAAUAUUAUGAAGGGAGGGACAUUUCUGUCCUAUACCCUUGUAAUAUUUGUACAUGCAUACAACAACGUUUUAUGUUGAAUUAAGUUUUUAUAUAACUAAUGGUAAAUGUUGUUUACUGUUAAUACAAUGUUACUGUAACUAUACUAUAAAAGUACUGUCUCCAGGAAAUUCAAUUGAUUCAUUUUCACUUUUAAAUGUCUUAUCACAUGAAAUAAACAAAACCGUUUUGCAAA